AUGAUGGACAGCCGCAUCCUGGAGCACCCGCACGCCCAGUUCGGGGGCAUGGUGGGCUUCCCUUACCCGCUCGGCCACCACCACGUCUACGAGCUGGCCGGACACCAGCUGCAGUCCGCCGCCGCCGCUGCCGCCGCCGCCGCCUCGGUGCCCUUCUCCAUCGACGGAUUACUCAACGGCUCGUGCGCCGCCUCGGUGGUCAACCCGACCCCGCUCAUCCCUUCGGGCUGCGGCGUCGGCGGGGACGGGCAGGCCUUCAAGCUCUCCGACUCUAUCGACCCCGACAAGGAAAGCCCCGGUUGUAAAAGGCGACGGACCCGCACGAAUUUUACUGGCUGGCAACUGGAAGAGUUAGAGAAAGCUUUUAAUGAAAGCCACUAUCCGGACGUGUUUAUGAGAGAGGCGCUGGCGUUGAGGCUCGACCUGGUGGAAUCCAGAGUACAGGUUUGGUUCCAAAACCGCCGGGCCAAAUGGAGGAAGAAAGAGAACACCAAGAAGGGCCCCGGCCGGCCGGCGCACAACUCGCACCCGACGACGUGCAGCGGGGAGCCCAUGGACCCGGAGGAGAUCGCGCGCAAGGAGCUGGAGAAGAUGGAGAAGAAGAAGCGCAAACACGAGAAGAAGCUGCUCAAGAGCCAAGGCCGCAACCUGCACUCGCCCAGCGGCCUCUCGGUCAACAGCAGCACCCAGAGCUCGGACAGCGACGGCGGCGGCGGCGGCCUCUCCCCGGACCCGCCCGACGGCUGCAAGGCGCCCGGCGGCUCCCACCACCCGGCCCUGCCCGGCGCCGGCGGCGGCGGCGACCUCUCCGCCUCGGCCUUCUACGCCAGCCGCGGCGCCUGCAGCAGCACCGGCACCGGCGGCCCCCGCUGCGCCUCCAAGGACGACUCCAUGCCCGAGUGCGGCGGCGGCAGCGCGUCAGCCUCGACGGCGUCGGCGCCGGCUCCCCCUCCCGGCGGCCCGGGCUUCCCCAAGCUCAACCCGUUCAGCGUGGAGAGCCUGCUGUCGGACUCGCCGCCCCGCCGGAAAGCCCCGCUGGACUUCCCGCAGGCCCUGGCGCCGUGCGGCGCUCCGACGGCGGCCGCGGCGCGCACGCUGCUGGGCAAGGGCCACUUCUUGCUCUACCCCAUCACGCAGCCGCUGGGCUUCAUCGUGCCCCAGGCGGCCCUCAAGAGCCCCCCGGGCCAGGAGCCGCCGCACCGGGGCUCCCCGCUGCCUGCUGCCAACCCCAGCCCGGACCCGGCGCCCCCCAAGAGCAGCAGCACCGCCGGCCGCUGCUGCGGCGCGCCCUCGGACAAGGCCGCCGCCGCCGCCUCUUCCCCGCCGGCCGCGGACAGUAGCAGCAGCAGCAGCAGCAGCAGCAACGCCGCGGCGCAACCAAAGUCCCCCGCGAAAGACGCUUGUCAAUCCAGAGACAAUUCGGAUUGCCGCACGGAGCCAAACUGUCCAGCAGAGACCAGCAAUUUAGACUGUGAGGAAGUGGAUAUGGAUUAG